AUGUUCGCAACGCUCCUUCUAACUUCCUUAGUGAUUACUUUAACAAACGGAGAAAGUCGAUUAACAACAUCCAACUACAAAGCCGUUAACUUUGCCAGAGAAAUAAGAGGACGACGGCUUAACGGAAGUGUUAUCAAGGAAAUUGAAGUAGAUUCUGAAAGUUCUUGUCGACUGCAGUGUGUGGAGGAAACUUCGUGUCUGUCAUACAACUUUGGACCCGGUGAAGAAAAAAAGAUGUUUAAAUGUCAGCUGAGCAACUCUGAUCGGUUUACUGAACUGAACAAUUUCAUUGAAGAUCCUCAAGUUCUUUAUAGAGGCAUAAAGGUAGGUAAUUUACCUCAAUUUGCAAUUUUUUUUUCCAUUCCAAAGAGGACAUAAUAUUUGAAUGAAGAAACGACGCAGAUGUUUAUAUAGGGCGUUUGGUAAUGGUAAAGAAAUGCAAUUUGAGAAUAACUGUAGAAAAUUUCUCAUCAUCGUCUGAUUUUGAAAGACGAAGAUUUAAACUUUAACUAUUCAGUGGGCCUCUGAUUUGAUGGCUCAGAAACGAGAUCUUGUGCAAGCACUUCCUUCGUCUUCGACAUUAAAUAAACUAUCCUAUUCUAUUCUAUUCUGAAACAAAAAGAAAAUCUUUGAAUCCACUAAAAAAUAUCCGUUAGACUAACAAACACAUCGUUUUUUUCCUUUGUCGGUUCUUUAAAUUUUCGGUAAACACGAAGAAUGUACAUGUUCUAAUUCAAGAGAAUUAAAACUGCAAUUUAGAUUCUCUCGUCUCAUUGUGAUAACAAUGAAUGGACAAUCCACCUUUUUUUCGACAUUAGCUAGAAAGGUUUGCUUCUCUGAAUUCUUUUACUGGAUAUACCCCGAUUCCAUUAUUCCUGUAUUUUUGUCCACAGAGAGCUCCCGAAAAUUUGAGAACAUAUAAGAACUAGGUUCAAUUAGAUUGCACCUUGUUCAGAACGUUCUCGUGAUUUAUAUACGUCGGUAGGGUCUGAAAACUUUAAUUUAGUCACAGCAGGCUAGUUUGGACUUAAAGAAAUGUCAAAGAAAAUAUAAUAAAGUUCACACGGCAACCAGGUGGACAAUCAGACAUAGUUUGAUGCUACUCUGGUAUGCAGAUUUAAUGAAUGUAACCGAAGAAAUUACAAUUCAUAGACCCAACGUUUCGACACUCCCAUCUAGUGCCUUCAUCAGGGGUGAUCUAAACUCUGCAACAAGAGGUCCUUUUAUAUGAUCACUAAUUAGCGGCCUUUUUUUUUCUGACAAGGUGUAAAUAGGCGUCAGGAAGCAAGCCGCCAUCGUCACGAUUUAAAGGAGCGUGGGCGGAGUUAAUAUGCCAAGCCUCCAAACAAAGGCGCUGAUGGUAACGCCGAUUAGUGGUGAUAAUUUUAGAAUUAUCCCACCCAAUUGUAUGGCUAAUUAGGCACGUAUGCUCCGAUAAAGCUGAAUUUUCCUUUUUUGCAAAGGAAAACCGCUGUUUGGUGCUCUUCUAACCGUGUACCAAACUGACGUUUGGUCUGUCCGAUGUAUUCGUUGUCACAGUCAUUGCAAGGAAUAGAAUAAAUGGCGUCGGUUCGUUUUUCUUUCGUGACAGAAUCCUUAGGUUUGGCGAAAAUAUGCCCCAAAGUCUGAAAAGGUUUUUGAGCAACUUUAACGUUGUGGCUAUUCAAAAUUCUCUUGAUGAGUUCAUCCUCUCCUCAGCCUUUGAAUCGAGUGAAGAUGGUAGACAGUCAGCCCUCCUAAGUAAAGUUUCAGCUACAGCCUUUUUAUGGCAAAUAGGGUGGUGAGAAUCGAAGGCGAGGUAUUUGUCGGUGUGGGUAGGUUUACGGUAAACACUUGUCUCUAAAUUACCCUGAACCCCUCUGGACACAUACAAUUGGGUGGGAUAAUUCUAAAAUUAUCACCACUAAUCGGCGUUACCACCAGCGCCUUUGUUUGGAAGCUUGGCAUAUUAACUCCACCCACCCCUCUUUAAAUCGUGACGAUGGCGGCUUGCCUCCUGACGCCUAUUUACACCUCGUCAGAAAAAACAAAAAUGUCGCUAAUUAGUGAUCAUAUAAAAGGACCUCUUGUUGCAGCGUUUAGAUCACUCCUGAUGAAGGCACUUAACAGGAGUGUCGAAACGUUGGGUCUAUGAAUUGUAAUUUCUUCGGUUACAUUCAUUAAAUCUGCAAACCAGAGUAGCAUCAAACUAUGUCUAAAUGUCAGAGUUCAGUUUUAUCCUCAACAAAGACCUUAUGUAAUUUAAUAUAGUUUCUCAUAAAUAAACCGUUUAAAUAAAAUUUAAGUUUCAUUCAAGAGCAACUAAUUAACAAUAACUAAUGCUUUCGUACCUGUUUUGGUGUGCGGUGCGUUAUGGAUUUGAUGCCUGUUUUUGCGUGCGGUACUUUUUAUGUCUUAACGGUAAAGAAUUAUUUCAGUGGUUUGAUGGUAAAUUGCAAAUUUGAAAUGGUACAGCGGAUGCAACACAUUGAAAGUGUGUUCCUGUGAUUGUUUCGUUUAAAAUAAGCAAUUUUCUUUCUGCCGCUAG